AUGGGUCAAUUCCGGGCAUGGACCUCGCCAUUGGUCCUCUUGGCGCUCCUAGUACAAGGAGGAUUUGCCGUCACACUCACAGCUAUAGCACCAGCUGCUACCUCGCUCACUACUUUUACAUCAACCUUCUCUGAGACAGUGACCAAUACUAUCACGAGUAUUGUUCCAAUUACCACUAGCCAGACCACAUGUACCCCUGGAACUACGAGCCCUCUCAAUGUUGAGUGCACAAAUGGCGCGUGGUCUAGCAAUGGGGCUUACUGGCAAGAGUGGUGUACGACGGCUUCUUUGCAAGGAACUCCAUGGAUUAUAUGUACUUUGUUGAGGGACGUCACGGCAACAGCUGCAGUUAACAACGGCGCAUAUGCAGCGCUGGAGAAAUUCGCCACCAACCCGUGUGUUGUUACUUCGACCGGCUCCUCGACCCAACUCUCAAUCGAAACGGCGGUGGUGGAACAGACGAUAACUAUCACGUCGACAAUCACUCUUUCCACGAGCACCUCAUCUCCAUCUCCCACUAUCGCUGCUACUAGUAGUGCCGUCUCAUCUGCCGUUGCAACGACCCCCACUGCUUCAGUUUGCACUGUUUCCACUUUACCGACACUUCCCACCAGCACCCAAUGUGUUGAUGGAUACUAUCAAUACGAUAGAGAUUAUUAUCAAGUCCUAUGUGAUUAUAAUGUCGAGAGCUAUGCGGGCUUCGAUAUCACAAAUUCGCGCCAGGAUGACAUAUGGGGUUGCAUCGAAGUCUGCUCACAGCACUCAAACUGCGUUGGGACCUUUUGGUUCCAGGGGAUAUGCUACUCUCCAAGUUCGUCGCUUGUCUACCGUUAUUUACCUUACGACUGUGAAGACCCGGAUAACAAUGUCAUCGAAUAUAUUGCUAUGCGAUUGGAUGGUAACCCUUGCCCGGCAGCUACCAGUAGCGUGGCCUUGAUUCAUUCAUCAGCUGUCUCCUCUUCCUCCCCUUCUGCUGUUGUGUCAUCUUCUGCACACACAUUCGCCAUCAUUGCUUCUUCUUCUUCUUUUUCUUCUUCUUCUGCUAUCGUGGCACCAAGCUCGGUUCAAGUCGGCGUGUCUUCGUCGACCCCAUUAUCCCGAAGUUCAUCUACUCCGCUCAUUAGAAGCACUGUGACGAUUUCGCCUCAUUCUACUCCCCCGUCUUCUGCUCGAGCCUCAUCAUCACCCGUUACCCCGGCGCAUAGCAAUUCCGUGGCCGUGUCUCCCCCAGCUCCGUUCUCCACGCCUGCAUCUUCAGUGCCGAUGUACUCUGUCUCCAUGCCAUCCGAGAGAGCGUCCUCUGUCUCAAAGCCGGCGUCUUCCGUUUCUGUGCAUACAUCUGCAUCUUUUGCCUCCACAUCCGCGAUAUCCUUGACUUCCACAGGCACAUCUUCUGCAGCGGUGCCGUCAGGAAGCAAGCCUUCAGGAAGUCACCCUUCGGGAACUGGACCGUCGGGAAGUGAGCCCUCGGGAAAUCAGCCUUUUGGACAUGAGUCUUCCGGAGCAGUACCUCCCACACUGGCCUCAUCUGAACACGGAAACCAACCAACCGGCUCCCCGGGCAACUCGGCUAUCUCAGGAUCGACUUCAGGCACUUCUGUAUUCGGAACUGCUACUCAAUCAACCGGACAAAUCACCACCACUGCUCCGCCCCAGUUCACCACUUCAACCGUCUUCACUACUGAAACUGUCCCGCGCGAGAAAAAAACCACAUAUAUCACCACAGAAACCAUCGCCGCCUAUAUGACCAUUUGUCCCAUCACCGCCGAGGAGACCGCAGAUGGCGCAAGUCCGACGGGAGUAGUUGGAUCUAAUGGACAACAUGAAAGCUUGACUACAUCUACAGUCUUCACUACCCAAGUUCAUCCUACGGUAGUGUGCCCAUCGCACAUCAAGAGCUGUGCCAGUUCCCAGAAAACUACCUCGCUCGUCACAGAGACUGUGAUCGCCUACGUGACAGUCUGCCCUGUUGCCGAAGCAGAGGCUACUUCUACAGCUUUUCUUCAGGCACCUUCUCGUGACCAAAAUGCUGCCACUACUCUCACGACUGUAAGCUACGUCACGGAGACCGCAACUUUGGCCACAACCUAUACGACGGUCAAUUCUGGAUCUACUACCGAGAAUAAAGCAAGCUAUAUCAGCACUACGGUUAUCCCAGUGACCGAAACUGUCGUUGUCAUUGGUACUCAAACAGUCAAUGUUUCCCCGACCAACGUUCCCAACAGUCAAGCCAAUGGAUACAGUGCGCAAUCUACUACUGAAUCUCAUGGAGGAGGUACAGAGAAUGGAAAUGGUGUGAGUGGUUAUGAUAACGACAAUGCGGCAGUCAAUCACGCUUCACUGAACAUUUCUCAAUCCACCAUUCCUUUAUCUUCGGCAUUUAUUUCUUCGACUACCCAAUCGACUCAUAGCGGCUCAUCAACGAUUACUGGCUACUUGAAUGGCGUCUCCGCUACUACUUCUCCUGCCUAUAAUGGCGUUGCUUCCAAGACAGCUUCUUGGUACUUGUCCUCUUUUUUUGCUCUGGCUGUUGUGGGUUACCUUUCCUGGUAA